AUGGUUGUGCAAGACAGUACAGAUGCUGGGAAUACAAGAGUGGGCGUGCAGCUGGAGCCCUUCCUGCACCAGGUUGGAGGGCACCUGAGUGUGAUGCAGUAUGAUGAACACACAGUGUGCAAGCCCCUUAUCUCCCAGGAGCAGAGGUUCUAUGAGUCUCUGCCACUGGCCAUGAAGCGGUUUACCCCUCAGUACAAAGGCACCAUCACGGUGCACCUCCAGAGAGACAGCAGAGGCCAUCUCAGCCUCAUUGCUAAUCCACUGAAGGAGAACCAAGGGCCCUUCAAGGUCUCUACUGAGUCGGCUGCAGUGACAAUAUGGCAGACACUCCAGCAGACCACCGGUGGCAUCAGUAGUGGCAACCACUCCCUUGCCCAGUGGCAGCAUGCCCAGCUCACGCAUUCACUCAAGGAGAGCGCGGGCAAGACACUCUUGAGAUCUGAGUUCCACUUCAAAGCUGAAGUCUCUUCACUAGUGGAAGACACCAGUGGGAGCCAGGCUGAGAGGAAGAGUUUCAACCCAUGGGGCCUGCACUGCCACCAGGCCCACCUGACCCGCCUGUGCUCUGAGUACCCAGAGAAUAAGCGGCAUCGGUUCUUGUUGCUGGAAAACGUGGUGUCACAGUACAAGCAUCCCUGCAUCUUGGAUCUGAAGAUGGGGACACGGCAACACGGGGAUGACGCAUCCGAGGAAAAGAAGGCCCGCCACAUGAGGAAGUGCGCGCAGAGCACCUCGGCCUGCCUGGGCGUGCGCAUCUGCGGCAUGCAGGUUUAUCAAACUGGCAAGAAGCACUUUCUCUGCAAAGACAAAUACUAUGGAAGAAAACUCUCAGUCGAGGGGUUCAGACAAGCCCUCUGUCAAUUCCUGCACAGUGGAACCCGCUUCCGCACAGAGCUCCUAGAGCCCAUUCUGCACAAGCUCCGGGCCCUCCUCAUGGUUAUUAGGAGCCAGAGCUCAUACCGGUUCUACUCCAGCUCUCUCCUCAUCGUCUAUGAUGGACAGGAGCCCCCAGAAAGAGCAUCAGGCACCCUGUAUCCUCAAGAGGCUCCACAGACAGCCCUUGGCAGCUGCCCUGGAAACCUCCCCAAAGUCGACAUCCGAAUGAUAGACUUUGCACACACGACAUACAAGGGCUCCUGGAAUGAGCUCACCACCUAUGAUGGGCCAGACCCUGGCUAUAUUUUCGGCCUGGAAAACCUCAUCCAGAUCCUACAGGAUAUCCAAGAAGGAGAAUGA